CUUCUGUACCCUUUUCAGUUUCUUCUCACUAUUUCACCACUGCAAUUCAGGUGUUUGCAAUAUUUCAUCGGCAUAAAUGGGUGUUUGUGAUUGGUUUAAAAUGAUAAGUCGCAAUAAGAGAAAGAAGAAAAAUACGCCCAUAAAGUUGAAGAUACAACAUGAUUCCAUCGAUUCAAAAGGCGCAAAGAACGGGUAUUCUAUGGAGAAGGAAUUGGGAUUUCUUGUCUCUAGUAGAGAAGUUAAAGGUCUUAGCAUGGGAACCAAGGAAUUGGCCGCUAUACGAAUCCAAAGUGCAUUUCGAGCAUAUAAGGCAAGGAAGAUGCUACGUUAUCUCCAAGGGAUCUCGAGAUGUAAGGAUAAACUUACCUUUAGACAAGCUUCUACUGCUCUUGAAAGAUUGCAUUUUUGGAGCAAAAUCCAGGCGGAAAUCAACAGUCGCCGCAUGUGCAUGGUCAAAGAAAGCCGAAUAAAGCAGCUGAAACUUGAAGAUCGGUUGAAAGUUGAGUCCAAGCUUCAUGAACUUGAGAUGAAAUGGUGUGAUGGGCCUAAGACAAUGGUGGAAACCACAUUCAGGAGGAUACAACAAAGAGAGGAAGCAAGUAACAAACGUGAACGAGCAUUAGCAUAUGCAUUUUCUCAUCAAUGGAGAGCUAAUUCAAGUCGAUAUUUUGGCCAAGCUUAUUAUGAUCUAAGCAAAGAAAACUGGGGGUGGAAAUGGACUGAAAGGUGGAUUGCGGUAUAUCGAUUAGAGGCUCAUGUUGUUGUUCGGCCCAUUGUUUCAUUAAGGACCAGACAACCGAAGAAACCAUGUGAAAGAACAAAGAUAGAGGUUGGAAUGAAACAUUGAAACACAAGGGAAAUGAAAAAUCAGAUAAUUAAUAAAUUAUUGCGUAUGAAAGAGAUCGCAUGUUUGGUGUUUUCAUGACAUGUCCCUUUCGGUAGUACAUAGUGAAUGGGUGUGAAUUAUUUAUGCUUUUUGAUUUAUUUGUUUAUAUUUUAUUGUAAGUAAGUUUAAUUGAUCUUGG